CUCAGCGCCUGGGCGGAGUUCGAGCUGCAUCCCGACGUGCUCGCGGGCCUGGCGGCGUGUGGCUUUACCUCCCCGACCCCCAUCCAGCGGGAGUGCCUGCACCCGGCCAUCCGCGCCCGUGUCGAUAUCAUCGGCGCUGCUCAAACGGGCUCGGGCAAGACGCUGGCGUUUGGGCUGCCCAUCAUGCACAAGCUGGCGGCGGAGCGGGCUGCCGCUGCGGCCGCGGACAUGGACAUGGAGGCGGGGUCGAUGGAGGAGGAGGGACAAGGGGAGGAAGGGGGGACCUCAGGGGGGGUAGCUAAGGAGGAGCUUGAGGAGGAGGAGGAGGCGGGGAUGGAGAAGCAUGCGCGGCGGCAGAGCCAGCGGCAGCAGCAGCAGCGGCAGCAGAAGGCGCAGCGACUGCAGCUUCAGAGGGAGAAGCGUGGAGUGGUGGAAACCCCUAAGCAGCGGGGGAAGCAGCUGCAGCGCCAGGUGCCGAUGGGCCCUGCGCCGCAACCCGGGCCGCUGCGGGCGCUGAUCCUGACACCCACACGCGAGCUCGCGUUGCAGGUGUGCAGCCACCUCCAGGUGAUCGGUCGCGUCUGCGGGGUACGAGUGGCGGCCAUUGUCGGAGGUAUCAGUGACGUCAAGCAGGCACGGCUGCUGGCGGCACGACCUGCCGUACUGGUGGCCACACCAGGGCGACUCUGGGACCUCAUACCCCCCUCCACAGACCGCCACGGGCCCCGGGCCGCCGCCCACCUCGCCGACCUCACUCACCUCUCCUUCCUCGUCCUGGACGAGGCGGACAGAAUGGUGGCGCAGGGGCACUACAAGCAGCAGCAGCAGCAGCAGCAGCGCGGCAAGAAGCAUCUGCUGCAGACCUUUGUGUUUUCGGCGACACUGACGUUACCGCUCUUCCUCAAGAAGCGUCUCCGUCGCGGCGGCGGCGGCGCCGGCGGCGGCGCCGCCACCCUGGAGUCGCUUAUGGACCGGGUUCCUUUCCGUACAUCGCCGCCGCCCCGGGUGGUGGACCUGACUCCGCAGCGGCGGCUGGCAGACCGAGUAGCGGAGGCGGCGGUGAACUGCCUGGACACGGAGCGCGACGAGGUUUUGUACUACCUCCUGGCCGUACAUCCCGGCCGUACACUUGUGUUUGCGAAUGCCGUGUCUGCCAUUCGCCGAGUUGCAGCGCUCCUGAAGGCGCUUGGGCUGCCGGCGCUGGCGUUGCAUGCCCAGCAGCAGCAGCGGCAACGGCUGAAGGCUCUGGACCGAUUCCGUUCACAGCCGCAAUCCGUACUGGUGGCUACUGACGUGGCGGCCAGAGGUCUGGACAUCCCGGGAGUGACGACUGUCGUACACUACCAGCUGCCCGCGUCAGCCGACACGUACAUCCACAGAUGUGGUCGUACAGCCCGCGGUUUGGAAGGUGACGGCAUCUCCAUCGCCCUGGUGUCGCCCGCGGAGGCGGCCCGGUUCGCAGGGCUGGGCAGAGUGCUGGGCAGG